CGGCCACCAUGACCGAGAACUCCACGUCCACCCCGGCGGCGAAGCCCAAGCGGGCCAAGGCCGCCAAGAAGUCCACGGACCACCCCAAGUAUUCGGACAUGAUCGUGGCUGCCAUCCAGGCAGAGAAGAACCGCGCCGGCUCCUCGCGCCAGUCCAUCCAAAAGUACAUCAAGAGCCACUACAAGGUGGGUGAGAACGCCGACUCCCAGAUCAAGUUGUCCAUCAAGCGCCUGGUGACCACUGGGGUCCUCAAGCAAACCAAAGGCGUGGGCGCCUCGGGCUCCUUCAGGCUGGCCAAGGGCGAUGAGCCCAAGCGGUCGGUGGCUUUCAAGAAGACCAAGAAGGAAGUCAAGAAAGUGGCCACCCCAAAGAAGGCAGCCAAGCCCAAGAAGGCUGCCUCCAAAGCCCCAAGCAAGAAGCCCAAAGCCACCCCGGUCAAGAAGGCCAAGAAGAAGCCGGCUGCCACGCCCAAAAAAGCCAAAAAGCCCAAGAUUGUCAAAGCCAAGCCAGUCAAGGCAUCCAAACCCAAGAAGGCCAAACCCGUGAAGCCCAAAGCCAGGUCCAGUGCCAAGAGAGCCAGCAAGAAGAAGUGACGGGGAAGGCUGUGCUUGUGGACACUCCUUCCUCCCUCCCAUUUUCUGUAAAUACAUUUCUCUCUUGAUCUUAUCUGCAACCCUUUGCCCAUUCUCUUCUGACUUUAUAUAAAAAGGACAGUUUGGAUUCCUCAGACAGACAUUGUGGAACGAGUCCAUUUUCCUUAACCCAUUGUGCAAAGACAGCAAACAGACCUGGUCUUUGUAGUGAAGUUGUACUUUUUUUCUUGAUUUGAUGAUAACCUUACGGCGUUUGGGAUGGGGGGGGGGGGUUUGUUUUGUUGGGUGGUUUGUUCACUAUGAAGGUAAAUGGAACUGGCAAAGUUCUAGCUAGGUGAGGGGACCCAGGGACUAAGGUUUGUCUUUUAAGGCUUUCUUAAGUUGCUCAUCCCUUGGGAGUUUUGAAAACCUUUGGUGGGGAGCCGGUGAUACCCCAGCUAGCUGGCCAAGGAGGGAGGGAAGGAGAGAGACUCGUGGGGCUGCCCCACCAAGGGUGAGCAGUUGGACCUGUUUUUUUGUUUUUGUCUUCUGCCCGAGUUCCUCCCCAUUGUCUAGAAGGGGAAAAGGGUCCAAGUGACAGCUGGUUAGAGAAGCUAGCUUCUCACACCCAGGAUCUAGCCAUUGGGGAAGGUCUUUUCAGCAGUCUCUGGUUAAAUGGGAGUGGAUUUAGGGGGAGGGGCGGGGAGUCAGCCAAGUGCCUCAGUGUGCCUAUGGAAACUUGGGUUUUUUCCACACGAUUGAUAAAUUGUGUCCUCGGAGGACUUUGUUCUCCGCCCCCCCGCCCUGUCCUGUAUAAGAUGUGGCUUUGCUUGGUGCCGCUUCAGUUCUGGGAGCUGCCACUUAAAGCCCCAACCUCUUUUACUUUCUGAGGCUUUUCUAAGGAGCCGAGGAGGGGGAGAGGCAGAGCGUGGACUGGGACAUACCGCAGUUGGUUUGAAUCUGCUAUGUAGCUUUAGAGAGCCAGAUCAUGCGCAUGUGUAUAGAUAUCCGUACCUACGACUAGACUUUAGUCUCACUUCGGGAGCUGGGAGAAAAAACCUGUACAGUUGUCUUUCUCUUAUUUUAAUAAAAAUAGGAAACUCGA